UCCCAUCCCAUCUGCCACCCCAAUCUAAAUCGAGCUGUACGACGCACCCAAUGAUUCUGAGUGCGUCCGAUGGAUUACCAAACUUUCAAUAGCCAACAGCAUCACCUGCCGUCCUCCCUCGGCGGCCCCUUCUCCACCGCCCUUCCAGGCACGUCGGCGUCCGCCCACCUCGCCCAGCCCACACAUUCCCCGCAACAACAACAGCUGUACGCAGACCCACACGGCCGGUUCCAGCAGUCCGCUGCAUCGCCUUUUCCCUUCGCCAAUGGCCAGCAAGGUGGCUUCGCGGCCAUGGGUGGCGGAAGCAUCACGACCAGCGGUGGCGCCGUGACGCAGCCUGGAGGCCUGUCGCAGAACCAGCUUCACCAAGCACGAGCAGUGGCCCUUCAGCAGCAGAACUUCCAGCACCACGCGCAGCAGCAGCCCAUCCACUCGCCGAACCCCUACUCAACCGCACCUUUCUCCCAGGGCCUCUCGUCGCCCGCCCUCUCCGCUGCCCAGAAGUUUGCUCAGCACCAGCAGCAGUCGCAGUCGCCCUCGAGCGCCGGCAACCACGUCUCACCCUAUGCUACUCCUCAACAGCAGCACUCGCCCAGCCUCGCCGGACCCAACCACCAUUCUCCGAUGGCCACCGCUACGCCGACAAGCCAGCCCCAGAUGUCGCAGCCGAUGCAGACCCACACGCCCGUGAGGGCCGUCCCGCAGUCGCCGGUAUCCCCUGUCGCGCAGGCCCGGGAGAAGGAGCGCAUGACGACGCUGCUGGAGAUUAACAACCUUUUGAUCAAAGAGGUAGUCGACCUGCAGAGCCAGGGCAAGGCGGGGCACAUUGGGCAACAACCCCCAACCCAGGACGGAAAGCCAGACGGAGACAAGCAGCAGCCCUCGAAGGAGUACGUCGAGUGCAUGCGCCGGCUCCAGUCUAACCUCGCCUUCCUCGCACAGAACGCCGAGAAGAACCACAAACCCAACCAGCCCAUACAGCCCGGGCCCGCCAUCAUGGCCGUGCCGUCAUCACCUCCCCAACUUGUUGAGUUGUACAUCAAACUACAGGGCCUCUAUCCGAGAUGGAAAGGACAGACCCAGCAGAUGAAAGUUUCCCCGGGACCACAACGGCUAAACUCCAUGGGACAGCAGCAAGCUAACACUACCAUGCAACCCCCCAACAGCGCCGGAUUACAGAACAAUAUGCAGAGCAACAUGCAAUCACCCCACAGCGCCGGACUACCACAAAACAUGCAGCAGAUGCAGCAGAACAUGAAUAACAAUAUAAACAUGGCCCAGAAUAAUAUUCAACAGCGGCAGCAGCAAUCAUCGACGCCACCACAAGCACCUCACAUGUAACGCGCUUUGCAACAAUCAACCACUGUAUUUUUAUAUACCCAUUUGGAUCACGACACAGAGCCAGCAAACGAAUGAUUUUGCCCAAGGCUCAAACAACGAAACAAACCAGGUGCUUAGGGUUUUCCAAAAACAAAACGGGUGGGGUUGUGGGGGGUUUAGUCUGGAUUUUUAGUUUUGGGAGACACCAUAUCACUUUUCGGGGAUGGUACGGCCUAUCACGUGUUUUGGGUCUUUUUCAAUGGGACCGCGAAGUCUUGCUUGGGCAUUUUCUUGAUCAUUCCGGGACGGACUAUUAAAUUUUUGGGCAUAUUUGAGUAAAGUCUACCUGCGCUAGAUACCUUCAAGAAGUGUAGUUUGUAAAGUUAUGAAGAAAUGAUAAUGCAAGAGGG